AUGACACAACGGCAACUUCAUACAGCCUCGCGUCAUCCCUCACUCCAGCUUUUGUCACAUCAGCUACUGCCUGCUGGUCCUGCCUCUGCCGACAUGCCGCCGCCGCCGCCGCUACAUCAUCAAGAGCCGCCGACGCCUGACCAGCCUCAGCCAGUGUUCGGUUACUUGCCCCAGAACGUAGCACAGCCACCGGCACCCCUCGCCACUCUUCUCACGGACGACCAAUCCAGAUAUCUUGACAGCUUUUUCCAAAACCUGAAUGAUGCUGCAGCUGAUGACCCUUUCCUAAUAUCACCAGACUUCGAGGAAGAAGGCUUAGCUUUUACUUCAGAAUGGAAUACGCGGCCGGGAAACCUUGUUGGAUCAAAUACUUCGUUCGCUCCUUUCGCCCGCACCAACUUCAACACUGGCUUCAGUGAUUUGUCAAGUGUACAUAGCUUUGGGGGUCCAUCAUUCAAUCACCAGCUCCAAGCGCCGCCACGGGCAACGGACGGUAUCCAUGAUCUCCUAAAUGCCGCUGCCGCUCUCCCUAACGAGGUAGGCGGCCAUGGAGGGAACACUUUCGAGCAAAGUUACGGGGGUAGCAGUACUUCUGGGGGGCAACAUGGCAUUCAACAGACAGACAAUAGCUUCGGCGGUGCGGCCAUCGCCUUGGCCAUGCGCCCUUACGCGUCCAUUAGCGAGCCUUCCAAUAACUUCUACCGCGACAUGAUCUUCCAACAGCCAGGGCAGUCGCAGCAACCCCGCCAAAACAGCUACCAGCAUGGGCAGCCGGUAAGGAUCCAAUUCGGUACCGACACCAGCUUCUCCCAGUCAACAUUCACACCCCAGAGGACGCAGGAGAGCUCCGAGGUCAUGAGCCAAGCACAACUGAAGGUACUGGAUUGUCUGGUACCCAGCCAAAGCGCCGCCACAACGCGUGCCUCCAGUCCUGUAACGCAGGGGCAGGGGCGAGGGAACGAGCACCACGGGUCAUUCUCACCGCCCAAGCUACGAACACAUCAUCGCCCGUCCUUACCUCAGGCACUUGCCUCCAUACAAGAGGAAGGAGGACCGCCCAAAAAGAGAAGGGCAACAGUGGACAACACCACUAACAACGAUGCCGCGAUGGCAUCACCCGGCCCGCUGGCUACCUUUUCCAACAGCCCCUACAGCCCGUUUUCCCAAUCCGGGUUUGCCCCUUCCUCUCCCAUGACGUCGCUAGGUGGUAGAAAGUCAGCGGGUCCAGGAGGAGCAAAGGGGAAGAAACUCUCACGCCAACAAGGACUUCCAUCUCCCAAUACAGUAUCAGAACCCACAGACUCCCAAGCCCCGAGUGGUGACACACGAUCACCAAACGAUGACGAAGAUAACAAGCCCGCUCGACCGGGCAAGAGGCGUCGCUCCUAUAAAGAAAAGAAGCCCAACCUGACGCUGGAACAAAAGAGGCUGAACCACAUCGACAGCGAGAAGAGGCGGCGGUAUAUGAUCAAGUCAGCCUACGAUAAUCUGUCGAUUAUUAUACCGGGGUACAAGGAGGCUGGUGUUAGCAAAGCGGGAGGGAUACAGUUAGCCGUGGAUUUCUUGAAGAAGAUAAUGGAGGAAAACGAGGAGUUGAAGGAGAGAUUGGAGCGAGCGAGGGAAAAGGCUGGGGUUAAAAGUACUGGGACAGAUGUUGAAAUGACAGAAAGGGGGAUACAAACUGGGCAGGAAGGGGGAGAUAACGGUGCUGAGGAACAAUGA